CCAAAACUGAAAUCUCUGCGAUCGUUUCGAUUGACCUUCCCAAAUCCUCUGCUUAGGAAACCUUAUAUCUAAUGGCGACCGUUUCUUCUUUAUCUUUCACUGCAUUAGGUCAAGCUUCGGAUAGGAGACUAACUGUUUCAGCGGCUAGUUCAUUUGCUUCUUCUUUCUAUGGUUUCCGAUUUCGAUCGAACUUUACCUCUGAUUCGAUUGCUGUUCGCUCCCAGAAUUCCAGUGCUAGAGUGGUUAUUCAAUGCAUGUCAGCUGCAUCAGAUGUGGCCACGGUGGCCGAAACAAAGUUAAAUUUUCUCAAGGCAUACAAACGGCCAAUCCCGAGUAUAUACAACACAGUGCUGCAGGAGCUGAUUGUUCAACAGCAUUUGAUGAGGUACAAGAGGACAUACCGUUAUGAUCCUGUGUUUGCUCUCGGCUUUGUCACAGUGUAUGAUCAGCUGAUGGAAGGUUAUCCAAGUGACGACGAUCGAGAAGCCAUUUAUAGGGCAUACAUCCAGGCACUGAAGGAGGAACCUGAACAAUACAGAAAUGAUGCAAAAAAGUUGGAAAACUGGGCCCGUGCACAGAAUGCCAGUUCAUUGGUUGAGUUUCCAUCCAGAGAAGGAGAAGUUGAAGGGAUUCUAAAAGAUAUUUCAGAACGGGCUGGUGGCAAGGGGAGUUUCAGCUAUAGUCGUUUCUUUGCCGUUGGGUUGUUUCGUCUUUUGGAGUUGGCAAAUGCAAUGGAGCCAACAAUAUUAGAAAAGCUCUGUGCAGUCUUAAACAUAGACAAAAGAAGUGUUGAUCGGGACCUUGAUGUGUACCGCAAUCUACUAUCCAAGUUAGUUCAAGCAAAGGAACUCCUGAAGGAGUAUGUGGAUAGGGAAAAGAAGAAAAGAGAAGAAAGGGUAGUAGAAUCACAGAAGGCUAAUGAGGCCAUUACAAAAUGUUUGGGAGAAUUCAAAUAUGCAGGCCAGUAAGUCAAGCAUUCUAUUAGCUCUGCAGUGAACUCCAAGAAAGUUCAACUCUCUGAUUCUUUCAUGUCUUCUGAGACAGAGCAUGGCCUCCCAGUUACAGGCAUCACCUGUCCGGAUAC